UAUUUGAAAAUGAGAAUGGAAAACAGAGUGUAGGUGAGCAGGGACAAGAACAUGAAUCAUUUCAAACACAAGAAGCACCAUCCAUGUCUCUCUCAAUCCUCUCCACUCCACCCUGUCAGACUUGAACAACAAUACUCCUCCUACACUUCAUCUUCUGACAUUACUACACUUCUACUUAACUCAUAAAUAACACUCAAUCUCACUCACCCGGAAACCGAAAAGAAAGAGAAAUGUUAGAUCCAGCAAACCACAUGCUUCCUCCACAAUCAUCUCCCACCAUCUCCUCCGUCUCCUCCUCCGAUCUCGACACCGAGUCUACAGGGUCUUUCUUUCACGAUAGAAGCACGACUCUGGGGACUCUAAUGGGCGUCAGCUUCCCUGCCAUUACCUUCAGAGCUCCGUCUCAAAACCGUGACCCUCAGGCGUCCGUGUCCUCGGUUUCCGUUUCCCGGAAGACCAAGAAGCCCAGGAAGAACAACAACGCUCCGGCCGUCUCGCUCGCUCGGCGGAGGUGGUGGCGGCUUUGCAGGGACGACGGCGCGAAGCCGGCCUCGCUCGGUGAGUUUCUCGAGGUGGAGCGGAGGUUCGGGGACGGUGCGUUCUUCGGUGCCGCGGCGGAGCUUGAAGGCGUGGAGGUGGAACAGCAACAGCAGCAGCAGCAGCAGAGGAAUGGGAUCGGACGGCUGUUGUUCGCCGAUGGGCGGGUGCUUCCGCCAGCCGCUGAUGGUGAUGGCGAUGUUGAUGAUGGGGCAUCGACGGCUGGGGCGCUCUGUAGAUUCCCGGUUUCACUCACUGGGAUCUGUAGCGGCGGAGCAGGAUAGCUAGUUUCUGAUUGGUUAAUAGUGGGUUUAAUAUUCUCUUAAUUUGUCUAAUGCUGCUGAUUUAUUAUGUGCCAAAAUAAAAAGCAUGGUUUUAUCUUUUGGGACU